AUGGCAUAUGAAGAGCAGCAUUUCAGUCACCACCAUCCAUUAGUUCCUUUAGAACUUGCCGACGCCGACGGAAGACAAAUAUGCAACGGUUGCGAAGAUCCAAUCACUCACUCGGAACAACCAUAUAAAGGUUGUCUGAAGUGCUGCUAUGUCUUCCACGAAAGAUGUGUCCAAACUCCUCGCUCUCUAGAGCAUCCAUCUCACCCUAAUCACCCUCUUACCCUUCAUCCAACUCCAACUUAUUCCACUCAUUCCUUCACUUGCGAUGCUUGUGGGUCCCCGGGCAACGCGUUCAGCUUCGGCUGUGCGCAUUGCGAGUUUGACCUACACUUGCAAUGCGCGGCCCUGCCUUGCUCAACGCGGCUGCCUGAGGACAAGCAUCCCCACGAACUCAAACUGUGUUUUGAUUUCCGAUCCUUUUCAGAGGCGAUGAAAAGGGCAACCGUAUCGCCGGCUUGUGUUUCGUGCCACGGGAAGUUGGAAGAAAACCAAUGGCUUUACCGCUGUGAAGAAUGCGACAUUGGGAUUCACUUACAAUGUGCUAAAGCAGAUCAACAAUGUCCAGAAGAAGGUGGUGAAUUUGGGGAGAUUAAUGAGCUGCAGAGGCUUCACAAUAAAAUGAUUGAUCAGGAAAUGCGAUUCAGGGAUUACUACAUGAAAGCAGAACAACAGAGGAUUAUGUUUAACUUCAUGAACCAAUGUAUUUCAGGAAGUAGAAUUUGA